GGACGCCCAAGUCAAGGGACCCUCAGGCCGCAGUAACAAGUUCCCAGCAAGCAGGGCCGGGCGGAACCAGAACCAGCCCCGCAGGAGCGGGAGCCCCUAGGCCGCAAGAUGUUUGCCAUCCAGCCAGGGCUAGCAGAGGGGCCCCAAUUCCUGGGGGGCCUGCCUCCUGGAGUAUGUCAGCCCGAGCUCCACCCAGACAGCAAUUCCAACUUCAUGGAGAGCACCAAAGACGCCAAUGAGAAUUGGCAUGGGAUGCCAGGCAAAGUAGAACCCAUCCUGCUGAGGAGUUCCUCUGAGUCACUCUCUGACAACCAGGCCUUCCAGGCCACUGGACUCCUUGAGGACGGGGUCCGCAGCCCCCCAGAGGGUGCAGAGAUUCCUGGUGCUGAGCCUGAGAAGUUGGGUAGUGCUGCCACUGUCUGCUCCCCUCUGGAGGACAUCGGCUAUGCCAGCAGCUCCCUAAGCAUCGACAGCUCUAGCAGCAGUCCAGAGCCUGCCUGUGGGACCCCUCGAGGCCCUGGCCCUCCUGAUCCCCUUCUGCCCUCGGUGGUCCAGGUUGUGCAGCAGCUGCAGGCUCAGGAACGCUACAAAGAGCAGGAGAAAGAGAAGCACCAUGUGCACUUGGUGAUGUACCGUCGCCUGGCACUACUCCAGUGGAUCCGGGCCCUGCAGCACCAGUUGGUUGACCAACAGGCCAGGCUGCAGGAGAGCUUCGACACCAUCCUAGACAACCGAAAGGAGCUUAUCCGGUGUCUCCAGCAGAGGGCAGCACCAUCCAGGCCCCAGGACCAGGGCUAACUGUGUGCCUCUACAAGUGUGCAGGGGUGUACAUGUAUGUUGGCAAGCAUGUGUGUGGUUGUGCACAUGGGAUUGUUGACAUGAGUGCAGGUAAGCAUAAGUGAGUUUAAAUGUGCCUUGUGUGCACACAUGUACACACCGGCUAACUCAUGAAUAUGUAAGAGUGAAUGUGUGUGUAGCACAUAUGUAAGAGUCAGUAAAUUUGUAUAUGUAUAUGUGGAUAGAUACCCAAGAAUAUGUUUAUAUAUGUGUGAAUGAGGAUGUACAUGCAGAAGGUGUGUGUGCAUAUGCAUGAGUUUGAUUGUGCAGUCUUGUGUUAGGUAUAUGAGUGAACCUUUGUUCAAGCCUGUGUGUCAGGGUGUAUAUGUGCAGGUUCUGUCAUGGGGAAUGUAUGUUGGGAGCCUGUAUAUUUACACACAAACUCAUGAGCACAUGUGUGUGUGUGUGUAUAUUAUAUAUGUAUUCAAUUGCAUCUGGAGGACAUCCACCUAUAUACCCUGUGUUACCCAAGGUCUACCCACAGCCUUCUUUCUCUGCUGGGUACCACUGCUUCCUGGAGAGAGAGGACUAGCCUACUGUCAUUUAUCUGAGGCUUGUAGCUGAUCCCUGCUUCUGAGAUUUCUCAGGUCACCUUUCCUUCUCUCUUCCCCUCACUUAACCCAGAUCUUGCUCUAUCGAGGCUGUUGUCCCUGAUAUUGGCUUUUCUGUAAGAGGUUUUUGUUUGUUUCAUUUGCAGUGCUUGGGAUGGAACCCUGCUCCUCAUGCAUGCUAGCCAAAUGCUCUACCACUGAGCUACACCCCCAGCCUCUGUAAGAAGUAUAAUGGCAGCUCUGGCCUGCCUUGGCACUUUGGCUAUAAUUUCGUUAAGGAAGUUGGUAGAGAAUUGGUAUCAGGGAAGUAACUGGGGUAGUGAUGGAGUUUAUGGCAAGGGUGAGGGGGUACAGAAAAGAAGAUAGGGGACUGUCUUUUUGAAGUCUGCCUUUGGCCACAUGGGAGAUGAAAUUGAGAGAGGUAGACCCCUGUGAAGAAUAGGAGAAUGGAAUUCCCAAAGUAUACCUCUCCACUGGGAAGGGAGGUUGAAAACCAUAUUAAUUUAAGCUUCCAAUGAAAAAGAAUGUGUGCUUUCAGGCUUACAAGUAAUUAGAUAAAGUUUUUCUAAGACUUUUAGGGAAAAUCUCACUUCCUGCUUCUGGGCCCCUACCUUGCUGUGCUUCUCCGGCUUUAGCAACAUUGGCUGUCCAUUUGGUUUGGUCCAUUUCUUUAAAAUCAGACUGUUGGGAGGAGCAAGAGCUCAGCUCUCCAGGGGCAGAGUCAACCCAGCCUCUAGAAGGUCUUAGGUUGUUGUGUCAUGUCCUCUUCUGUCACUGCAUGCCUUUUAAACAGGGAUUGAUAGGCUCCAGAAAAGGCUCCAUGAGUUGGAGAGUUGAUGAAUCUUGGAGAGAACCAACCACUAAAAUAGUGGAGCUCACUGCUUUGCUCCUGGCUGCCAAGAGAAUGCUCCUGGUGGGUGAGCAAUGGCACUAAGAGGGAAUGGUGGCAGGUGAACAGUGGCAUAGAACACUGAUGCUGCCUCUGUCUACAAAAUGCGGGGCUCUUCCUUUCUAUCUCUGAAGAGUUCAUCCCUUAUCUGAGUGGGUGUAAGGUACAAGGAGUGAGCCCUGGGAACUUUCUGUCUGUAGCUCUUGCAUGUUGAAUGUGAACCUGG